AUGCAGAUUAUGGAUAAACGUAAUAUAUGGAAUUUAGUAAAAGAUAAUCCACACGAGAAAUCAUUAACUCAACAGCCUACAACACGAUCCUUCUUUGAUUAUGAUUUUAAUCAACAAUUGGUUGAUGUUGAAACGGUAGCUGAUGCAGCUGAAUUACCGCCGGAAAAAAUUUCCGAAAUACUUGAUGAAAUGGUUCGCAAGGAAUCGGAGAGAAAAAAUAUUAUGUUUGGAAUUCGCAAAAUGAGUAGCAAAUUAAUGAAUAAAUUAAAAAUUGGACAUUCUAAAAGUACUAAUAUUAUUGUGGAUCAAACAUCAAAAGUUUCGGAAUUAUCGUCACCAAUUUUGAAGACAUCAUUGUCACAUCAUCAUCAACAUUCAAUCACCACUAGAUCAUCGGAAAAACCAAUUUUUACAAUUGAUGAGCAAUCAUCCGGUUUAUCAUCACCGCCAUUAUCGGUAGCUAAACCGGCAUCCAACUAUCAAUCAUCUUUUCGUGAAAAUGAAAUUAACACUAAAUGUGCUUAUUUAUUUCGUGGUGAUUCACUGUACAACAGUAAACAACCGGAUCCGGAUCCUGAAUCGUUGGACAAUCAAGUUGAACGUGUUUAUGUCUAUGAUCCAUUUUGUCCAAUUCAUGGCUCAAGACGUCGUAUGAUUAGCAGAAGGACAAGAAUACGAGAUUUUGAUUAUCAUUUAACCAGUUUUGCUGCAAAAUUAAUUCGAAAAAGACGCCGUGCGCUUUUGUCUGGCUCCGAGAAAUAUCGUUCUGAUAAAGCAAAAAGAAAAAUUCGAGUAAAUUUAUGGAUUGUUAGCUUAGCAUUUUUAUUUCUUUUUACUGCUUUUCAUGGUUUACAAAAUUUACAAUCAUCAAUUAAUGGUCGUUUGGGAACAGAUAGCCUUUCAAUCUUUUAUAUCAGCUUAUCAUUAUCAUAUUUAUUUGUUCCAUCAUUCAUUUUGAAUCGUCUUGGAUGUAAACGUACGUUAAUCGCAUCAUCAGGAAUAUUUAUGAUUUAUAUGCUUUCAAAUUUUCUACCUAAAUAUUACUCGCUUAUUCCAGCCUCUAUUCUUGCCGGAUGUGCCGGAAGUUGUCUUUGGGCAGCAAAAUGUGUUUACAUUUUAGAAUGUGGAACAAAAUAUGCGCAAUUAAAUAUUGAAGCGCAGAAUGUCGUUAUUAUUAGGUUUUUUGGCUACUUCUUUAUGGUACUACAUUUAGGCCAGGUAAUUGGUAAUCUUAUUUCAUCCUUUAUUCUUACCGCUUCAACCGGUUAUUAUCAAUUAGAAGAUCAGGUGCAAAAAUGUUGUGGUCAUUUAUUUCGUGAUAAUAUAUCAUACCUAAGUAAGCAAGCAAUUGAAAAUUUACAGCGCCCGGCGCAAAGUGUUUAUUUGUCACUUUGUGGCAUUUAUUUCUGUUGCACAAUUGUUGCACUUAUGAUUGUGCUACUUUUUUUGAAUUCACUAAGAAAAGAUGAAAUUUCCAGAUUAAAUGCACCAUUCUUUUCAACAGAUAUUUGUAAAGCAAUAUUUCGGAAUCUUACUUAUCCUAAAUCACUGCUACUUGUACCUUUGACACUUUUUAGCGGUGUUGAACAAGCAUUUGUUGUAGGCCUCUAUACAAAAGCUUACAUUGGCUGUGGCCUUGGUAUUGGCCAAAUUGGAUUCGUAAUGACAGGAUUUGGUGUAGCAGAUGCUGUUUGUAGCCUAGUUUUUGGGCCAUUGAUGAAAUUAUUUGGACGAAUGCCUUUAUUUGUUUUUGGUGCUGUUAUCAGUAUGCUUAUUUGGCCUUUAAAUCCUGGUGAUACAUCAUUAUUCUAUGCUAUUGUUGGUGUUUUAGGCAUGGCUGAUGGUGUCUGGAACACUCAGAUUAGUGGAUUAUGGAUAGCACUAUCUUCUAGUCAUCUUGAAGCUGCAUUUGCUAAUUAUCGAUUCUGGGAAUCAACCGGUUUUGGUUUAGGACUUAUCCUGAUCCGUUUUACAAAUAUCACACAAUUUUUACUUAUUUCAUUAGGAAUGCUAUUGAUUGGAAUGCUCUGUUAUUUGAGUAUCGAAUUUUAUGAUAAUAUCAGUCUAUAUGGUAGACGAAUGGUUGAUAUGUGUCGAAUUAGACAUAAAAAUCAGCUUGGCAAUAAACCGCUUUCAUCAAUGGAAACAUCAUUAAUUAGUGCGACAAGUGCGCCAGAAAAAACUACAUCAACUAUUACAUUUAUUACUUCGAACGGUUCAGGUUGCAAAGUAAUGUUCGCUUCAACAUUGAAUCAUGCGGAAGCAUUUCUGAAAAGUAUAUGCUGUGAUCAAUGUCAUCAGCUAUCGGAUAAGUUACAGUUUAUUGGAUCAUCAUGCAAGCAUGUUUUUUGCUGGACAUGUGUCAACACAAUUUGCGAUGGAAAGUCUUUCCCAUUAUGUCCACAGUGUUUACUACCCGUUGGAUUACAGCAUAUGAAGUCCGCCACUUUUGCUGAUCAGCUUUUCCAAAAUCUUUUAUCUCUGAAAGAAACUCUAUCUGACUUUACCAUUUCCCAGUAUGAUCGACAACUUAUGCUUAGUCUAGUUGAAACAGAUAAACAGCCAAGAACUGUGGAAGAGUUUUGUUCUACGCAGGAAUGUGUUAAAAUCGAAGACGAUGUUAAUCAUACGAACAUAAAUGAGCAACGUAAUGGAUUACCGUCAGAAACAUCUCCUGUUUCGAGUGGUAAUGUUUUGGACCUUGUUUCGCUAUCAGGCGAUGUUACACCAUCCACGAAACUAAAUGAUACUGUUAUUGCUAGAACUUCUAUCCAAAAUGAUGUUGUAAUGACUCAGCAAUUACGUGUUUAUGAUGAACCAGAGAAAUUUCAAUUCUUCAAGGAACCACCCCGAAAUACUUUUGGUAGAGCUGUAGCAAAGAAAAGGACGUCAAUUGAUUCUGAACUUGGAUUGAAAAAUUGGGGCGCUAAAAAUCUAGGUGCAAUCCCAUUAAAAACAACAAUAGCACAAAAUUCUCAUAAAUCACCAGUUCAACGAUAUGAAUAUAAUCUAGUGAAUGCAACUAUACGCGGAUCAAAAAAAAAGCUUUUGGAAGCUUUAAAGAAUGGAGAAGAUGCUAAUGAAAGUGACAAUCUUGGUUUCACGGCGCUUUAUCAUGCUGCAGCUCAUAAUUACACUGAAAUUUGCAAAAUUUUGAUUGAAAAUGGUGCUCUCAUCGAUGCGCAUGGUGGAGAGCUAUGCGAAACAGCUCUUCACGCAGCUGUGCGUUGGCAGGCUGUUGAUGUUGUAGAAUACUUGUUAUCAAAGGGAGCAAAUAGACGAGCGCGUAACUUGAAAGAUGAAACACCAAUGGAUUUGAUUAAAGAUGAUGAAAUGCGAGCAGUUUUUGGCAGAAUUUCCCAUCCGAUUCAAAUGGUAUAUCCUUCUCGAAAAUCCAAAAAAUAUUCUGUCUUCCUAUCGACAACAUUACCGAAUUUAAACAUUGAACGUGGCAAACUUUCAUUCAGUGAUCUGUUACAAAAUACUAUGAAUUUAGAAAAUGCCACACAUUUUGUUGUUCAAGCAGGGAAAAACCGAGGAACAGAAAUCAGUGUUGAAAUUUUGGAAGCUAUGCUGCGUGGACAAUAUAUUUUAACCAGUGAAUGGUUGAAUGCAUGUUUGGAAGCAAAUGACAUCGUAGAUGAAGAGAUGUAUGAAAUUUCAACAAUUAUUCGUAAUGGUCAACUGCUUGCUAAAAAUUCAUGUUCUACAGCCAGAAUAAAUUAUGCUAGAAUGGAGCCAGAGCUUUUUCGAGGAUGUCACUUUUAUUUUUGCAAGCAUAAAUACUUACCAUAUCGAGAAAAUGAAGUCAAGAAACUAGUUCGAUUAGCUGGAGGUGUAAUACUUGGAAGAGAACCCAAAAUAGAGGAAUAUAUCGAGAGUGGACUAAGGCCAUAUCAUGCGAAAAGAGCAGGAAAUAAUUUGAAUGAGCUGUUUGGUUUAUUCGUAGUGUAUAUGCCAGGCCAGUCUAUUCCACAACGGGUUACGAAGCAAAAAUUUAUCAGCCUUAUUACGCCAAUUUGGAUAAUGGAAUGUAUCGCGAAAUUUACACUUUUGCGACCCGAAGAUCAAUGA